AUUAUACUGUCCUUAUAAAUAGUGUAACAGAACAGUUUGUCUUUAAUUUUUGUGGCACUUUAAUAACUUGAGCUCUUAAAGGAAACUAUUGUUUCUAUUAUUAUUAUAAUAAAAUGCCGGGUGCAGCUGGACGUAAUAAAAGAAAGAAGCAGCUGAAAGGAAAAGAUGCAAAACUCCAGAAAGAGGCGACGUUUAUUCAGUGGAAUUAUGAAUCACCGCCGUGUCGAAGCGUCGCGGAGCUGCAGCAGUGCAACAAAGACGAGCUGGAGACGGAGCUGAAGCAGAUCCUCGACCUCCAGAAUCCCGACACGUGCAUGAGAGAAGCCGCACUGCUGGAUUUCUACAGCUCUGUCUUCAGUUGGGCAAAGGAAUCAAACUUCAGUCCCACGCAGACAUCGUUCUCCGUGGCUCUGCUACAGACGCUGCUGGAGAACAUACGAGACAAACACAUGUGUAUGGUGGAGAACCUGGGGGAGUUUGCUAAGGCGUUAGCUCCCGCCUGCCAGAACCCGAUGGAGGACGAUUCUUCUCCGCUUCUGGACGUAGAAGAUGCCAAAGAACUCACAAGUUACUUCAAAACCAGUUUGUUCCAGAAAUACAAUCUCUUCCAGUUCCUGCUUACGGCGCCCAGAGAGGAAUCACUGAGCAGCGAGGCGAAAACCAUCGAAGUGUUCACUUAUCCAGACACACCGCUGGAGGAAAGCGUCCCCGCUAAUCUGUACUUCGAGUAACGAGUCUGACCUUUGCCUUUUAAACAGAGUUACAAAGAUAGCAGUUGUGUAGAAUCUAUAUCUA